AUGGCCUGGUUCCAACGGACCAUCGCCCUGCCCCCGCGCUCCCGCGGCUCCUACUUAAUCACCGACCACAUCGUCUCCGAACUCCCCGAGCUGCGCACGUACAAGACCGGCCUGCUCAACCUCUUCAUCCAGCACACCAGCUGCGCCCUCAGCUUGAACGAGAACUGGGACGAGGACGUGCGAGCCGACAUGAGCGAUGCGCUGGAUCGCAUUGCGCCGGAAGAUCGCAAGGGGGACUUGUAUCGGCAUAGUGCGGAGGGGUCGGAUGAUAUGCCGGCGCACAUCAAAUCUGCACUCAUUGGUGCAUCUGUCACUAUCCCAAUCACCGACGGGAGGCUGGCGACAGGCACCUGGCAGGGCAUCUGGUAUCUAGAAUUCCGCGCGAGAAAACACUCGCGCAAGGUUGUGGCGACUAUCCAGGGGGAGAAGAUGUAG